UCAGGACUGGAAAUUCUCAGUCUGCCACUGAGGAGUUUCCUAUUGAAAAAGAGGUGAGCGGGGCAGGAGGUUGACAUCAGUAGUCCAACGGAGGACACAGCAGUCAGCAGCCUCGGAAACCAGUGGUGGCCUCCAAAAGACAGGCAGGCGAGAAACCAGAGCACUGGGAUGCACCCAAGGUUGAGUGCUGCUCUACUGAGUUCUGCCCUUAGUAUAACUGCCGACCUAUUUGAAGCUCUUCAAUUACAUUUCUCGAAUGUCACACGUCCCGGCCCCAUCUGCGUCCUGUCUGCGGUGAUUCAGCGCUCAGGAUGGGACCCACCCCUGGUGAUGAUAUCUACUAAAUCUUGUAUUCCUUGGAAUCUGGAAGCUGGCAUUCUCUGAAGAAGAGCUUUUCUUCAUCAGCUGGGGAUGACUCCAGUUCUUCCUAAAAAGGAUGGCUGCUCUUUUUCUAAAGACGUUAACAUUACAAAUCAUAAAGACUGGAAAUAAUUGUAUUAGAAGAUGUAUUGGCAUAUACAUCGUGCAGAAGACACCGUUGUCCCUUAUUGCUUCUGCCCCAAGACUGUCCAACCUAAUUCAUGCAAAAGCUUUUAGUACUGAAGAUACCCAGGAGCAAAGAAAAAAGAGCAAAAAGAACGAAACUGCUUUUAGUAACAUUGGAAGGAAAAUUAGUGAGCGGAUCAUUCAUAUAUUUGAUGAGAAGGGCAAUGAUUUGGGAAGCAUGCACCGAGCUGACGUGAUUCGACUCAUGGACGAGCGAGACCUGCGACUUGUGAAAAGGAACAGCAGUGCGGAGCCCCCAGAGUACCAGCUCAUGACCGGGACGCAGAUUCACGAAGAGCGCCUGAGACUGAGAGAGAGGGAAAAGGCUAGGCCUGCACCUGGACCGACUCUGACAAAGGAACUAACUUUUUCUUCAAAUAUUGGACAACAUGAUUUGGACACAAAGAAUAAACAGAUUCGGCAGUGGAUUGAAAAAAAAUACAAAGUUCAAAUUACUGUAAAGAAAGGGAAGAAUGUAGAAGAGCCAGAAAAUAAAGUGGAGGAGAUAUUUAAUCAAAUCCUCCAGGCUAUGCCUGGAAUAGCCACCUUCUCAUCCAGUCCAAGACCUGUUAAAGGAGGAAAAGCUGUGUUGUGUGUUCUUCGUCCUUUGAGCAAAAAGGAAGAGAUGGCAUAUAGAGAAACUCAAGGGACCCAGAAAGGAGAUCCUUUAAACAAAGAAAAUGGAAACAGUAGCAAAUCAGAUGUCCUGCAUCAGUGAUUUUAAUUAAAAAAA